UUGAAAUCAUGUGAGUAUAAGCUUACUUUUGUUUUUUUGUUACUUCAUACUGUGUACUCUUGUAAGGGUUGUGCACGGAGUGUGUUAGGGGUCACUAGAAGUGCGUGCUUCAGGGGGAAAGAGAAGACCAGAUCUCCCAGAACUUUGAAAUUACAGUGGAAUUCAUUAUGGGGGAACGGCCUUUAAAGAUACUUAGGAAAAGUACAGAUGCCUUCAUUUUGGUACACCUUGCUCCCAGUUCCUUUGCCCAGGGUCAGUAUUUGGGUAUUAUGCCAUUUUCCCAGCAGGUUGAGUCCUUGAUUUCCGUUGGUUUCAGUAGUUAGUGUGUGCACUGUGAAUCAGAUACACAAGGCAAAGGCCCAGCCUGCAAUUACUGCUGCUCCUUGGCAGGAGUUUAUUCAAUCUGUUCCUCUUGGCUAGACCUCUUAUCCUGUCUUUGUGGUCUUAUUUACGUUGUGGUGGCAGAAUUAUUUCCACUCCAAAGCGCUGUAGUGAUAUUGUCUGAAUGCUUCAGGAUGAGAUAUGGCUAAGGAUCUUUGGAGAGCUGAACUUAAUUUAAAUUCUUCAAGAACUAUCUGUUAUUUUCAGUCUUUAUUAUUAUUAUUAUUAUUAUUAUUAUUAUUUUAAUUAAUAGAAGAUGCAGACUUUUUGGAAUGAUGGUGGAAACUUGUGUUCUCUUCUUGAGAAAUAUUGUUUAGUCUUCUGAGCCAUCAUGUGAAUGCCCUACUCCUGGGCCUCAUAUGUAAAUAUUUUCCAUCAUAUUUGAUACUGUUCACGGAUUAUGUAGAUGCAUAAUGAUGUGGGUGCAGUUUAUGUUUUAAAGUCUGAGUGCAGAGCCAUGGAUUUGGCAGAGAGCUAGGGAAAAGUGCAUAUUUAGGGAGGAUCUGUUUCAGGAAAUCUUAAACCACACAAUUCCAAAUAUUCAUGCUGUAGAAAGUAAGUUUUAUUGUUUUCUCUCUUAUUUUUUGUACUUAAGACAAAUUUUUCUCUUAAAACAGUUUUUUGGGGGAUAAACACGUUCCUUGAAGAAAGUACAUCCCACUGAAUUUACAGUGGGAAUUCAAAUUAUUGUUUGUUGGCUGUCUGUCCAUAUGCAUGGUUGUAUCCCACAGUGGAGGUGAAGUGAGCUAUUCCUCAUUCAGUGAUUUAUGAUUUCCGCUUGCAUUAGUGCACCCAACAGUAAAAGUAAGGGUUUAUAUACUGUCAUUUACUAUAGGGCAUUUUACACACAGGAGCUUGUUACUUUACAGCAGCUGUGGUGUCAAAGUCCUAAUGUUGCCCCUGCCUGGGGUUAAUAAUUUUCAGAAUAAUUUAGAUACGUGUGUUGAUUUUAGAGCGCUUCAAAAAUUUACCACUUGAAUCAGGCGCGUUGGCCUGCCUGUUGAGAGGAUUAUCUGAAUAGUGAAGGUGAAGGGGAAGUGACAAGCCCUGCUGGCAGUGACACUUGUGUUUGCAGCAGACCGUGGUGUGUUGGCAUAAGACCGCUUGAAUGAGUCAGUGGAGGAGAUGAAAAAUGCUUUGGAGGCGGAGCUGUUUAGAGGAGAGCUCAGAAGCAUGAGAAGUUCAGUCUCAAUAUUCUGAUAAAAACAGAGACCGAAGUACCACUAUAGAAAGUCUGGUGAGGAGCUCUAUUCAAUGUGUAACUUUAGUCUAAAAAGUGCUCGUGACAGGUAAUACAUGGGGAAGAACAGGGAGUAACAUAAACGUAACAGGGAAAAACGUAACUAUUGCAUAAAAUGAGUGGCUUUAUCCAGAGUAUGUUAAAUGGUAGAAACUGUCAUUGAAGAAAGUAUAAAAUAAUUGGAGUAGUUUCAGAGAUAGGUAAAAAAUGAGAAGUAUAAGGUGUAUGCAUGUAAAGAGACUGAAAAGAUGGGAUGUGUUUGAGGGGUAAAAAUUAAGAAGAGAAUGAUGCAUAUGUAAAUACAUGUGCAUUUUACAUAUAUGAUGAAUCUGGACCAUCUGCUGUCACUGUCUUAUAACAGAAGAAGGAAGAAAUAUUGAGUGAGAUUCUUACCAAGUUUUCUUUUAAAACUGUGUUGAAGUCAGUUACUGGGCAUUUAUAUGUAUGCAUAUAUAGUAAAAUGGAAAUUAAUUCUCUCUUCUUCCCUAAGAAUUGCUUCAAGUUAGGUUUAAAAAUCUAUUUCUGUUUUAAACAUAUGUGGCUUGAAGCCCUCAACUUCAACCACUCCACGAGAAAAUGAAGAUCUCUUCACUUUGUUUUGUUUAAAUCUUUUUUCUUUUUCCCCUGUUGCAGAGCUCCCUGAAGAUAUGUGGCUCAUACUGCCUCAAACUAUCUGGACAUUUGUUGUUUAACUGCUGAAGCUUUCCUACCACUUAAUAAGUGAAGCCUUAAAUCUAUUGAGGGAUCAGAUUUGGCUGCUAUGGAAUCAAGACCAACUAAAACAUGAGGAGAUGUAGUCAAGAUGAUCCAGCCAGAAGAUUCACUUCAUAGAAAUCUUAUUUUUGUUUAAUAUGUAAUAUAAUUUGACAAAGCCAAAUUCAGUUACUUUUCUUGAAAUUAAGACACGCCUGUGGCCUUCAUCAGAAAUGUUUCUAACAUUUUCAAGAAAAAAUAUGUCCCAGAAACUGAGUAUGUUUUUACUAGUUUUUGGAAUCAUCUGGGGUUUGAUGUUGCUACGCUACACUUUUCAGUAUCCAAGACGCCAAAGCAGUGCUGAGUUGCGUGGACAGAUAUUAGAUCUCAGCAGAAGAUAUGUCAAAGCAUUGGCAGAAGAAAAUAAAAAUUUAAUGAAUGGUGGUGGUGGAGCAUCUAUGGCAGGAUACGCUGAUCUUAAGAGAACAAUUGCUGUUCUUCUGGAUGACAUCUUACAACGCCUGGUGAAAUUGGAAAACAAGGUCGAUUACAUUGUUGUGAAUGGCUCAGCAACAAAUACCACUAAUGGAACUAGCCAUCAGGCACCAGUAACUUCAAAUAAACGUGUAAAACCAGCCAGCAACAUUAGAUAGCAAACAGGGCCGCUUUGCAUUGCUACAUCUGCGAUGGGUAAUAUUUAAGAUAAGCUUUUUAUAUGUGGCUAAGGCAAAACAGUAGUUGACUCUAAAAGAAGCAUAAACUAUGCUAUUAUACAAUGUGCUGGAUCUGUGUAGGCCUAACAUAUGUGCUUAGGUUCUCAAAGCAUUGUUUCAUUGCCUUUGAGCAGUACUUCUGAAGUGAUCUUUGUCGUCUUUAAAGAUAUUUUGAUAUCAUGAUUUGAUGUAGUAUGCCAUUGGAUAAUAAAACUAUGUGGAAAGCAAUGGGGAACUUAUAGGUAGGUUUAUAAAUAUAUUUAUUUAAGUAUGAAUAUAACAUAUCUUUUGGAUAGGUGAGAAGCAUUGUAGCUUAUUAAUUUUUUGUGAUCUGCAUUUAAGCUGAGGUAACUGAAGAAAACGCAUUGUUAAGCAGAUGUUAGAAAAUGUGUAUACUUAAAAUAUUUUGUUACUUAAUUACUAAACAAUAUUAAAUUGAGGAUAGCAUUGGUGGUAAUAUUUUAAAAUUGCGACCCAAAGAAUGUCUUUAUUUGCACUAUCUGUCAGAAUAGUUAAAGCGAAUUUACUGUAUAUUUAAGGAAAUUAAUUAUAAUAGGAGAAUAUUCUAGGUAGUAACACUGUCCAGGUUUAUCUUUGUGCCAGAGUAAGGGCAGUUAGAUUGUCAAAAGCAAAUCAUAAUCUGUGAUAUCUUAGAUCAUUGUUUCUUACAAAGAUAUUUAAGUGUAUGUAUUUUGUAAUUGCAGAUGAAAUUAUUUAAGUGACAGAAAUAAGUUUUGGAUAUGCGAAUACGGUUUAUUUUUAUUUGUUGCUGUUUGUUUUAACAAUUUAAUACCUUGCAAUUUGUGAUGAGUAUAGCACACAACCUCCUUGAAUUGCUUUCUUGAUCAGAAGGAAAAUCAGUGAAGGGAAACAAGGCAUCUCUGCAUUUAACAGAGUUGUAUAUACUAAGGUUGUCUAGUCAUGGAGUAUUUGAGAGGUAAGGUAAUAUUUGCCUUAUGUCUAAGUCUUACAGCAAAGUGAAAUGCAUGCAGCAUGGAUGCACUGUAUUUCAAAAUGUUCCUGAAGUCAUAUUUAAGUGCCACUGAACCUGUUUUUUAAAAUGUAGUGAAUGUUUGGUGGGGACAGAGGAUAUAUUCAGGGACUUUUGCCAGAAGUGUCCUGCGAGUGGGGUUUUGGGGGUGGGUAAAACCAGAAGUGCUGGAUGAUAUACCAUCCAAAGUUAUGUGUUUUUUCUUUUCUUCUGUUUCCGUGCUGAUAUUCUUGAUGGUUAUAAAAGAAAAUACACUUGCAACCUUCCUUAAUGUCCAGAGGAUUUUUUUGGUCACAUUGUGUGUAAACAUGUACUCACUUCAAUGCAGAAAGAGAAAUAAAUUUUUAAUUGUACUUGUA